CUCAGAAAUGCAUCAUUCAACCCAGGAGGCCGAUUCGAGGCGCCAUCACGGUCGGCGAAGCCAUUAUUGAACCUCAAAGUCACUCCGCGAAUGAGUAUAUAUCUGGAUGAUGAGAAGCAUGGCAGCUUUCUGGUAAACGCCUCCAUAUCUCACCUGGUUGGGACUGCCAUUAAGUCAUCGAGCCAAAGCACAUACAACGAUGUCCCAUUAAAACUUUCGAUUGACAUCAUGCUGGGUGGAAAGUCCUUGCUCGGCUAUGGCCCAACAUCUAUCCCCCUAGGCAGCAUCGCAGAGGUGGAUUUCGACCUCUCGUCCAUUUCUGCAAAGCACGAGCCAUACAAUGUUACAGUCGAGGCCGUUUCUGAAAGUAAUCAGACGUUCACUGCUUCAACGCAGCUCAUUGUGCUUCCAAUUCGGAGCGAUAAUGGCACUGCUGUGCGCAUAGACAAUCUUGUCGGCGGCUUGGCCGUUCGCAACGCAUCAUCGAAGGAAUUCAAGCCUUUCUUUCCAUACACUUACUAUGGUACGUAUCUAACCCUUUUACAAUGGGAUCGUUACUUCAACACCAGUGUCUCAACCCUCGAAGACUUCAGUAAACUCGGCUACAACGUCCUCCACAUAGUCCCAACAGGAAGCCUAGGCCAACUUCCCUUCCCAUGGGCUGAAUUCCAACCAUACCUCGACAAAGCCGAACAGCUCGCCCUCUACUUCCACUACGACGUCCUCUACCUCGAACACGGCAUCGGCAACACAACCGAACAAGUCAACCGCCUCAAAUCCCACCCCUCAAUCCUCUCCUGGUACAUCGCCGACGAACCCGACGGCAAAUCCAUCGCCCUCAACAGCCUCCCCACCGCCUACGAAAAAGUUCGAUCCCUCGACCUCUACCACCCCGUCUCCAUGGCCCUCAACUGCUACGAUUUCCACUACCAAUCCUACGCCUCCGGCGCCGACAUCAUCAUGCCAGACGUCUACCCCAUCAGCACCAACACCUCGUGGUCCACCGUCUACGACACCCCCUGCAACUCCACCUACGGCUGCUGCGGCUGCGACGACUGCAACGGCGUUUUCGAAGACAUUUCCGAUCGCCUCGAACAUUUCCAUGCCAUUGAUGAUGUCCUCGGUUGGCAGAAAGCGCAUUGGACCGUCCCGCAAGCUUUUGGAAACGAGACGUUCUGGACCCGGUACCCCACCGCCGCGGAAGAAAUCGUGAUGACUGCUGUCGCGAUUAAUCAUCGGGCGAUGGGAUCGGUGAUGUGGGAUUUUCCUACUUCGGAUGAGAUUUUGGAUGUUACGAGUCGGUUCGCGGGGGUUCUGACGAGUGGGGAGUUUGCUGGGUUUGUGCUUGGGGAGCGGAGGGUUGGGGGGUUGGUGGUGAAGGGUGCUGAGAGGGUUGAUGCGAGUGCUUGGGUCGGAGAGAAGAGUGUGUUGGUGAUUGUGAUCAAUUUGAAUUAUGGCAAUCAGCUCGCUGCGGGCACGAUCUCGAUUCAGCUGCCGGAAGGAGUGCAUGGGAAGGCAGUCAAGAAGACGCUUUGGGGAGAUGUCGAGUGGUCGGUCGAUGGUAGCACGAUUUCGACACCAACUUUGAAGGGACUGGAGACUUCGAUGAUCAUUCUUGAUCGGUGGUAG